GGCAAUGUUCUUGUGAUGCUGUCGUUCAAGGUCAACAGUCAACUAAAGACAGUCAACAACUACUACCUUCUCAGCUUAGCCUUCGCUGACCUCAUAAUAGGAGUCCUGUCCAUGAACUUAUACACCUCAUACAUCCUAAUGGGCUAUUGGUCCUUAGGGAACCUAGCCUGUGACCUCUGGUUAGCCAUGGAUUAUGUGGCCAGUAAUGCCUCCGUUAUGAACUUGUUAGUCAUCAGUUUCGACAGGUACUUCUCCAUCACAAGGCCGUUGACCUAUAGGGCCAAGAGGACGCCGAAGAGGGCGGCUAUUAUGAUUGGUCUAGCGUGGCUAGUGUCGUUUGUCCUCUGGGCACCGCCUAUUCUGUGCUGGCAGUACUUUGUCGGAGGUCGGACGGUCCCGGCAGACCAAUGCCAGAUCCAGUUCUUCUCCGAGCCGGUGAUCACGUUCGGCACCGCCAUCGCAGCGUUCUACAUCCCUGUCUCCAUCAUGACCUUCCUCUACUGUAAGAUCUACAAGGAGACAGAGAAACGCACCAAGGACCUGGCUGAGCUGCAGGGCCUCACCACAUCUGGUCACCCAGAGACUGCUAAUAAACCCCAGAAAACAGUUAUGUUACGGUCCUGUUUCAGCUCCAGCAACGACAGGAGGGACAGAAGGAACCAGGCCUCGUGGUCCUCGUCCAAUCAGAGUAACGUCACCAAGACCACGACCAGGUCGGACGAGUUGGCCUGGGCCCGUGCCGACCAGGUCAUAUCCUUCAACAGCUACACCUCAUCUGAAGAGGAGACUCAUCAUCCUGUUUCCGCUGCAACUUCCCAGGGGUCGUCCAAAGGUCAAGGUCAGACUGAAAACGGACAGGCGCCCGCUGGUUAUGGUGAUGAUGAAGAAAGCGAGUACUUUCCGACCGCCACCCCACCUCCGAAAAAACCCAGCAAGAAGGGAAUCUCCUACAAGUUCAAACCGGUCUCGAAGGAUACCUGCAGCCCUCAGAAUGACAAAAAAAACAACACAGACCCUAAAACAGCCCUUCCGUGUCUCUCUGAGUCUGACCAGACAGGAGGACAGAACCAACACCAGAACUCUUCUCCAUCAUCCUCCACCACCACCACAACCACCACCAAGCCCAUGGACCCCGUCCUGAAGAGCCAGAUCACCAAGAGGAAGAGGAUGGUCCUCAUCAAGGAGAAGAAGGCUGCCCAGACCCUCAGUGCCAUCCUCCUGGCCUUCAUCCUAACAUGGACGCCGUACAACAUCAUGGUGCUCAUCUCCACCUUCUGUUCUGACUGUAUCCCGGUGUCUCUCUGGCACCUGGGCUACUGGCUCUGCUAUGUCAACAGCACCAUUAACCCCAUGUGUUAUGCGUUGUGUAAUAAGACUUUUCAGAAGACAUUUAAGAUGCUGUUGAUGUGUCAGUGGAGGAAGAAGAGAGGGGAGGAUAAGCUGUACUGGUGUGGACAGAACCCGGCAAUCAACAGCAAGAUGACAUGA